UUCUUUCUAAGAUUGUACAUUGUUCAUCCGUCCACAGGAUGUCGCUAUUCUAACUCAGAAUCUUAAGUUUUUCUUUGGUAUUGCUGUUUGCGCUCGGCUUCCCCUAGUGGCGACUUGCUGUAAGCAGCAGGCAGAAAGAACUUUUUAUUUCAGUUGGAAAAGAGGCCUUGAGGUGUUAAGACGUUACACACCUCCUCUGCACCAUACAUCGUUGGGAACCCUUGACAAAACAAAAUCUUUUUACCACACACACACACACACACACACGCACACGCACGUUCACGCGAAGAAAUAAAUGAGAGGAAGGAGUUUGGGCCUCCAUUUUUCUUUGUCGGUUUAGCUCGCUGCCAAAGUCGAGUAGCCAUACGCUCGGCUGAGGGCAGAAGAGUAAAAAGAUUUUCAACACAUCAAGCACCCAAGAUGUCUCAGCAAGAAGUUUCACCACCUAUCAGCCAAGUGGUCACCAGGUCGGAGGCCAGUCAUUCUCAUUCUUCACGCCGGUCCAGAACGAGUCAAGCUGCUGCACAAGCACGAGCAGACGCCGAAGCUGCCUACGCCAGAGCACGGUACGCCAAACGCCAAAUCGACAUGGAGGUCGAGAAGGCACGCAUCGAGGCAACACUACACGCUCUGAAGACGGAAGGUGAAGCAGAAGCAGCGCUCGCCGCAGCUAAAGUUUGGGAGGCGACUUUCGAAGAAGAGGAGCGCGCCAAAGUCGACCUCAGCGAGCAAGGGGUAUUUUCCAAGACACCCCCCUCCAUCAGGCGUGCACAAGAGUAUGUGCAUGCUCACUUUGACGACCAGCGUGUCCAAGCAGAUGGCACACAAACGCCAAACAAUGAGCACCUGGUUAGGCACAAUGACUCUCAACAACCAGAAAAUAGCCCAAAAUCAGCUGGUGCUUUUCCACAUGUGCGUCACAUCGACAUCGCUGACGAAGAGCAUCUCCAAUCUCAUCGUGCGAGAACGGACAUCUCACACCAGCCUACACCUUCAGCAACCCCACAAAGUGAACUGUCCAAUUUAGCAGCCUAUCUAGCACGGCGUGAUCUGCUGACAUCGGGGUUCAAGGUUUUCGACAACCGGCCAGAGUCCUACCUGUCCUGGAAGUCCAUGUUCUGCAACGCGACGGAAGGCCUCAAUCUCAAGCCCAGCGAAGAGCUCGACCUUCUCACCAAGUGGCUCGGCGGGGAGUCUCUUCAACACGCUCAGAGGAUCAGGGCGGUCCACGUGAGUAAUCCACAGGCAGGUCUCCAACGUCUGUGGCAGCGGCUAGACAAGACUUAUGGCUCUCCAGAGGUAAUUGAAUCCUCACUCUUCCAACGGUUGCAGACUUUUCCAAGAAUCUCCAACAAAGACACUCACUUACUGCAGGAGCUUGCUGAUCUUCUGUUAGAGCUAUCGUAUGCCAAAAGUGAAAGUUAUUUGCCGGGUCUUAGCUUUCUCGACACACCAAGGGGCAUAAACCCGAUAGUUGAAAAACUCCCAUAUGGACUCCAGGAGUCAUGGGUUACACAAGGUACCAAAUACAAAAGGGAAAACGGUGCAGUCUAUCCACCUUUUUCGUAUUUUGUGCGGUUCGUAAAUGACUACGCUGAAAUGAGAACAGACCCUAGCUUUAUGUUACAGUGUUCAAACGUAAUAAAUCCAAGGGUUGAUAAGACAUCAGUAAGACGAGACAAAUACAGAGUUCCAUUGGCGGUGAAUAAAAUAGAGAUCAGUCCGGCUAAAUUGACAGCACCCGAUCCAGACAAACAAUGUCCUAUCCACCAAAAACCACAUUCACUCGUCAAAUGCAGGGGGUUUAGAAUGAAAACACUAGACGAAAGAAAGAACAUUCUCAAAGAGCACGCCAUUUGUUUUAAAUGUUGUGCGUCCACAAAUCACAGGGCUCGAGACUGUAAAGCUAUUAUCCAAUGCUCAGAAUGUGAUAGCGAUGCUCAUGUGUCUGCCAUGCAUGUCGGUCCACCUCCAUGGACACCUCAAGACUUUAAUCCCCCAACCCAGAGUCACGGCGGGGAGUCUGAGGGCCCAAAUCCUGUGAACACAGCCAGUUGCACAGAAGUAUGUGGGCAAGGCGUAAAAGGAAAAUCAUGCUCAAAGAUCUGUUUAGUUAAUGUAUAUCGCCGAACUUCUCCAGAAAAGAAAAAGAGGGUAUAUGCCAUGUUGGAUGAUCAGAGCAAUUCAUCCUUAGCCAGAUCUGCGUUUUUUGACAUGUUUAAUGUGCAAGGUACCAUAUUCCCAUACACCAUGAGAACAUGUGCAGGUUUAUCAGAGACACAAGCCGUAGGUGCGGUAGCAUACCUCAAACUCACAAAUGAGGACGGACACAGCGAAGUGGGAUUCCUCCUCGGCAAAGCACGUUUAGCUCCUAAACCAGACAUCACCAUACCCCGACUUGAACUCUGUGCAGCAGUCCUGGCCGUGGAAGUAGCAGAGUUGGUUCUAGAGGAGCUGGAUGUCACAGUCGAUCAGCUCUCCAGCUCCACCUGGCUCAGAGGCCCAGCUUUCCUCUCCAGGUUGGACCAAAGUCAAGUUCGAAGUCAAACCUUCGAUCUCAUAGACCCAGAGACUGACUGUGAGUUGCGUCCUGAGGUCAGGUUCGUGCAUCAGCCUUCGUGGCAGAAACGUUGUUGCUACGGCGACCUUUGUCCUGGAAUGCCCGGGUGA